CAGCGGUCACUUUGUCACUUGUUCCUUCUCCAGCAACUGUUCCGUUUUGGUCGUCCGUCAGCGAACCAUUCUUCUGGAAAGAACCCCUGAACCAUGGAAGCAGACGAGGACAUCUUCGAUUCCUCCAGAGUCAUCGAAGAAAAGAAGCGCUACCAUCGUCAGCUGGUGUACGGGGCCACAUCUCUGGCGGUGACUGUCAUGACAGUCGUAGGACUGGGCCUGUUCGUCGCCUAUCUCGCCACACCCAAGGAUUACGAGGCUCCUGCGUCAAAAUCCCGUCUUCGGUACUUCAGGGACUGGGCAGUCUUCACCAACGUCGAAGGCUGCAAGAACACUCCAAGGAAAAUUCUCGUCGAGAAGAACGGGACGAUGGCUGACGCGGCAGUGGCUACACUUCUCUGCAUGGGUGUCGUGCAUCCACACUCAUCGGGUCUCGGCGGAGGCUUGGUGGCCAUCUCCUAUCGGCAACACACCAAGACUGCUCGAGUUCUGAUGGCCACCGAAGUUGCCCCAAAGGAACGACCUAAGGGUGGAAGCGACAACCCCAACUUCGCAACUUCCGGCUGGACCGCAGCUGGCGUUCCAGGCGAAGUGUACGGCUACCAAGCGCUCAUCAACGAAAUCGGGACGAGAAUGACCUGGGGUGCCCUUUUUACGGAUGCCAUCGAUCUCGCCACAAAGGGCUUUUACGUGGAUAGAUCCUUGUACGGAGCUCUCAGAGCGAAACAGACCCAAAUCAAAAGCGAGCCCUUACUCACCAAGUACUUCAUGCAACAGCGCACGAGAGACAUGUACGAAGUGGGCGACAUCCUUCGCAAUCCAGAGCUCGGUGCCACGCUCAGGUACCUGGCGAGCAGCCCCCCGAAUGCCUUCUACCUUGGCCAGACAUCAAGAAGUCUGCUGGACGACAUGACCAAGGGACCGAAAACUCGAAGAGGCGUGCUGGCCGUGGAAGACUUUUCUUCGUACACCCCCGUCUGGCAACCAGCCGUGAAAGUGGACUACGGCGCUGUUUACCUCCUGACCAGCCCAGCCCCGUCGGCCGGCCCUGCAUUGGCGUACAUCUGGAACAUCAUGUACGAGCUGAAACGUAAAUCAGGCGGCUCGGAACUUCCGAUGAACAUCACAAAUACUCACUACCUUUUGGAAGCCUUCAAGUUUGCCAUCAACAAGCAUAUGAUGCUCGCCGAUCCCACUUUUGAAGACGUGCGCAAGACCGACCAAGAGAUGCAGUCGGGGGAAUACGCAAAUCGGACGCUGUCACUCAUGAGACCCAAGGCCCUUAAUUCUACAAAUGACUACCUGCUAGGGGCUGCCGGACAACCUUCUCCGCAAGAAGGGUACGGAAACUAUUUCGGUAUGAGGGACAUCAACGGCAAUGCGUUACUGGUCGUCUCCUCGCUUACAGGCUUGUUUGGCUGCAUGAAGAUAUCCGAGUCAACGGGUAUUAUUCUCAACAACGCCAUGCACAACUUUUCCCCUUACGAAGUUGAAGUUCCCAACAACCUGAGAGCACGUAAACGACCCCUGUCUCCCAUGAGUCCCGCUGUCUUUGUCGACCCUAAUGGCCACGUCAUAUUUGCCGUCGUUGGAGCUGGUGGUCUGCGAGCUGUGACUGCCAUCACCCAGGUUGUGAUUCGAUGCCUAGCGGGAGAGGACAACCUGAAGCAGGCCAUUGACUACCCUCGCUUGCACGUUCAACCAAAGACAGAUAUAAUUGACUACGAAAAAGCCACUGCUAACUACACGGUAACAGCUGCAAUCUGCCUGCUGAUGACAAUGGCAAUCGCACACCCAGUCAUCCUCAAGCACCCUCAGCCUACGAUCCCAGAGCACAUCGACCGGAACGCGGCUUUGUCAUCGAUAUUUCACUUGCAAGCUGCCGAAGCCAAUCAGAAGGCCCAGGAGACCGCUGUCGAACACGGCUUGAAGUACGCUGCCAGCGAACACGAGCCUGUGCUAGCGGAGGGCUACGAGCCUGCUGCUAGCCAGAAGGACCUUCACGCCUCCGAAACGGGGUACGGACACGACACUGAAGGGUACCUCGAUAUGGGAGCUUAUUCUGGACACCAUGGGGCAUUUGGAUGGUACGCCGACUUCCCCGUUGGCGGAGGAUAUCACUGAGAAGGGAUGUGUCUGGAGGGCACAAAGACCCGCUAGUGUCUGGACAUCGUACUGUGAUAGACGAGACAACAGGGUUCGUCAACCGUCAGAGAAAGCUGAAGUUCGGUGCCUUCAAGUCAUGCUCAGUCCCACACGGUGGGCUCCAUGAAAGCACCAUCCGUGGUCCUUGAACCCUGCUGCAACACGGUCCUAUUGCUUACACCGGUGUAACAUGAGUUGUAACUACCAAGUAUAUUCCACGAAUUUGCUAACUACUGUUAAUCACGGCGCAGCAAGCGGAUCUAC